AUGGCAUCCACACUUGCUCUACGCCGCGUAUGCGCUCCCUCUCUCACAAUCCGAUUCCUCCCCCCGCGCCUUCCCAAGGAGGAACAAGAAAUCUUCGAAGACCUUCAGCGCCGCUCAACUGGCGCUUUCAGCACACCGCAAGUCAAUCAGUCCCCGCAAGCCGAGAUCAAGGUCAACGGCAGUGGCGAGGAGCUCCACCCAGAUGCGCCUAAGGGCUUGAAGCCCGAAUUUGAAGGCGAGAAGAAUCCUAAGACUGGCGAAGUUGGCGGUCCUAAGAAUGAGCCUCUGCGAUGGGGCUCCGCAGGAGACUGGAGCUAUGGUGGCCGGGUGACCGACUUCUGA